CAUAGCGGAUUUCCCGGUGACCAACUUGACAAUAUGUGGGGAUGUGUUUAGUGUUUACUGUUUUGGUAAAGGAGUCUUGUGAUAGGGCGAUACAAUUUCUUCUGUUUUGUAGAAUGUAGGUCUGUUUCUGUUUAUCGGCCGUUUUUCUACGACAUGUCAUCGAUCAGCUGCAUAUGCUGCGCCGACUGUUUGGUCUUGUCUCAUACUAGUCAAUAGUCUGAAUAGUCGUAGUAGUCAUACUCAACAACUACCGUUUGGCGUUCACUGACAUAAUGUGUCAAUAGUAAAUGCAUAUUACUAGUAAUUGUGUGUAUAAUAAGACUGUUUUAUUUCUUUAUAUAUAUUACAUUAUUGAAUUGUCCUACCUUCGAUUUUUAAUCGGUAAGAGUUGAAAGUAGUCCGUUCUGUUUAUUUUAUUUUAUAUUAUUAAUGUUAUGGUGUGAAAAAGAUUUGUAUUCAUCAUCUAACGACAAUGAAAUAUAUCAAUAAUAUGUAACGACUACUACUACGGUAACACUAUCGAUAUCGCUACGACGUCGUACUAUAAAUAUAAAAGUUGAUUACAACACAUAUUAUUUGUUUGACAAUCAACCAAGAUGGGUCAAUUCAUAAGUUCAAAUCGCAAUGACAACAGCAAUGAUGAGCUUAUUAAUACAUUAAUUAAGAGAGAGUAUAUACACACAAUUAAUGUUGAAAAAGCGUUCAGAUCUGUCGACCGUGGCUUAUAUUAUACGAGUGAUAAUAAACAAAAUGCCUAUAGAGACACUGCUUGGCAAUAUGAUAAAAUUCAUUUAUCUGCACCGAGUGUUUAUGCUACUGUUUUAGAAUGUUUGGAUUUGCACAAAGGUCAUAAGUUUUUAAACAUUGGUUCUGGAGUAGGGUACUUUAGUACUCUAGCUGGUCUUCUAUUGGGUGUUAAUGGAGUUAAUCAUGGAAUUGAAAUUCAUAAUUCUCUAAUAGAUAUUGCAUAUACAAAGUUGGAAGAAUUUAAACAAAAUGCCGCUGCAAUUGAUUAUUUUGAAUUUUGUGAACCAAUAUUCAUUGAAGGAAAUGCAUGCGAGUUGUUGUCAGUGGGUUACUAUGAUCGAGUUUAUUGUGGAGCUGGAGUACCACCAGCAGAAUCUUCAUUUAUGAAAGCUCUUAUUAAAAUUGGUGGUGUAUUAGUUAUGCCAUUGGAAGGGUUCCUUGUGAAAAUAAUAAGGACAGGUGAAUAUUCAUGGAAAACAAUUGAUGUUUUAGAAGUAUCAUUUACAGAUCUUGUUGUGCCAGAAAAAUGUGAUAUUUUAAAAGUUGCAAAAUUUCCUUCUGUUGAACCAUUAAGUUUACAAGAAUUAUGCAGAUCAAACAUACGUGCAUCUAUACGAAAUAGUCUGAAUGAAAGUUUCCCCGAUUUACAAAUGCGAACCAAGUGUAAGCCAGAUAAAAGUUAUGAUCAAAAAUUUUUUAAUACUGAUGAUCCUUUGGGUCAAUUUGUCCGCUUACAAUAUGGUGCCACUGAAGAAGGAAUGGUUAGUUUACGGAAUAUUGUAGAUACGUUUGCUGGUUUAGAUGAGGCUAUAUCAGAUGUAGGUUCAACAUCAGAGACUGAAGCUAACAGAGAAGAUAAUGAUGGUGAUAACAACAGUGAUGAUGAUGAUGAUGAUGAUGAUGAUGAUGAUGACAAUGAAGAAAAAAAUACAAGUGAACAACGUGAUAAAUGUUUACAUAAGAAAGUUAAAUUAGAUACUAAAAGGAAAUCAUCAGAAGCUGGAUGUUCUAAACAAAAUAGAACAUUGCCAGGUAGACCAAAAAACUCAAAAAGAAUGAGAAUGAACACAUCUUCUACAGUCAAAAAUCACAAUAACAGCCAAUCUACCAAUAGCACUAGUGACUUAUGGGAUACUAUGUCUAGCGAUUCAUCGUCCGAUGAUGAUGACGACGAUGAUUCUGAAAGUUGGAUAUCAACUGAGGAUAAUGAUGAUAACAGCACAAGAAAUCGUAAUUUUGGUGGAAUCUAUAACUCUUUAUUUGAUGGUGAAGAUAGUAGCCAUGAAAGCGAUUCUGAGAGUGAAGCUGCUAGAGAUUUGGUAUUAUAUCGCUUUCUCAGUGAACGCAAAGAUAAUGAGUUGAGCAAACUUUUAAAGGUUAAAAUUGAUCUGUUACCAAUACCAAUUUUACUCAAGCUGUUUUUAAAUUAUAUGAAAACAUAAUUUGGUUUUUGGUGGUUUAUAAAACGUUUUUUUAUUAUAUUAUCAUUCGAUUAUUUAGUUCUUAAAUUUUUUAUGUAUUUAAUAUAUAUUUAUAAACUAUACAUUUUUCUAGUUUAGUUGUUAUUAUAAGAACUUUAUAAUGAUUUGUACAUUAACUAAUAGUUGUAAACCUAUAAAAUUUUGGAUUUCUUUAAGUAUUAAUCGUUUAAACAAAGCAACAAUUAUUUUUUAGGAAUACAGGUGGAACAUUCAAACUCUUUGAGAUGUGUAAAAAAAAGAAAACAGAUAUGCAUAUUAUAUUAUGUUAUAUUAAGAUUUAUUUGAAGCUUUAUUAUUAUGUUGUUUUUUUUUUUCGA